AUGUUUUUUUAUGUCGCCACCGACGGCGAGCCCAUUGGGCGCAUCACCUUCGAGCUAUUUGCAGACAAGUUUCCAAAGACAGCAGAGAAUUUCCGUGCCUUAAGCACUUGGGGGGGGGAAGGUUUGGGUUAUAAUAAUAAUAAUAAUAAUAAUAAUAAUAAUAGGUUCAUGUGCCAGGGUGGUGACUUUACUCGUCAUAAUGGAACAGGUGGUAAAUCGAUUUACGGUGAGAAGUUUGCUGAUGAGAACUUCGUCCGCAAGCACACAGGUGCUGGCAUCUUGUCUAUGACGAAUGCUGGUCCCAAGACAAAUGGGUCUCAGUUCUUCAUCUGCACUGCCAAAACUGACUGGCUGGAUGGUAAACAUGUGGUCUUUGGCAAAGUCAAAGAUGGAAUGAAUAUUGUGGAAGCAAUGGAGCGCUUUGGGUAAAGGAACGGCAAGACGAG